UUUUCCGAGAGUUGACUUAAGUAUUGACCUUCGACCUUUCAGCCACGUUUCUGUCAGUCCAAGUCGGGCCAGUGGAGCAGAAGUAUGAGCGGAAUUCCUAUGUACAAAGCAGCGCCGUACUACAAAUUAGACGAUCUUAACAACAUAGAGCUCCCAAAGUGCAUGUACAAGAUGAAGAAUCUACACAAAGCACAAGAGGACGGCCCGAAAAGUGCCCAAAGAGGGAGCUACAGUGGCAGCCAAGCACUUGAAGCCUUGGAACAGAGGCAGGAGAACAUCCUGAGAGACCUGGGCGCCCUGCAGGCAGAAGUAGCAGCAAUGAUGGAGCACCUGCCAGCAUCUGUAAAGCAGCAGGUGUCAGGAACUACCGCAGGUGCUGCAUGUGGACAAGCACAACUGGAGGGUCCUGUACGAGAUAUUGUCAUCAACACCAACCCCAGCUCCCCUCCCCUGUCCCUGUUCAUCCUGUAUGAGCAGCUGAAGCAACAGUUCAGGUGCUUCGGUUCAGUACAUGUCCACUCCUCUGUGGAGAAUGUAGCCGAGGGCCUGUGUAAGUGCCUGGGCAACGGCAUCAGGGCUGACCUGAGGAACAGAACAGACUUCCAACUGGCCAUCACUCUCAUUUGGAAAGAUGUCAAACCUUCACCACAAAUGAUGAUGAGUGCUGCAUACCAGACCCCCAUCCACGGAGAGUCCAACGUGGCCAGAUAUCUGGGCCGGAUCCUCCAGCCAAGCUACGACUCCCAAGAUCCCGUCACCGCCACCGAAAUCGACACCUGGGUAGACAUGGCCAGCACCCAGGUCCUGAUGGGUAACAACAAGGAGAGGGCAGCGUCCCUGAGGUCGUUGAACUCUCGGCUGGGGAAGCACGAUUGGUUGGUUGGGAGUGGGUUAACCCUAGCUGAUAUUGUGAUGUGGUCAGCCCUGCAUCAGACAGGCCAGGCUGCGGGGGUGCCUGCUAAUGUGAAAAGGUGGCUGCAGGCUUGUAAUGAUCAGCCAGCCUUCCAGCCUGCUCUGAAGCUUACCCAGUCAUAACAGACUCUGCAAGGUUCCAUGUGUUGAAAAUUGGACCCACCACGUACUAGUAUUUGUCUCCAAUUCAAAUUAUUGCAUGUCUGCUAACAAAGAGCUACAAGAUAAAAAUGGGUACAGAAAUUCCCUCUGCCAUAGCAGCUGAAGUAUUGACAAAACAGGACUUUUACAAUUGUGCAUUUAUUUCUUCAUGGAUGGAAACAUCUUGGCAGAAGUUUCACAAAGCAAUCAUUGAACAUGUAGGUAAACAAAUUAAAGUAACAAUACAGAUGGACUGUGCCAAUGGAUGCUAGAUUUCUACAGAGUCACUUGGUUUAAAUGUUAAGACAACAAUGCCGGUACUCUCCCAAAGGAAAAAUGCUAGAGUCUGAAAUUUGGGCUUUGGACCAAGUCUUGUGUGUAGCAAAAGCUUUAGCAGAUGUAUUCAUUUUGGGUCCAGAUAUCUCAGCUACAUGUACCUGUACCAGUGGUCCAUUGUAUUACAUGUAGUAGGCAAAGAAACAUGUAGUGAGCUGAGAUUCAACCUUGUGCUAAAUGAUGUGUCUUUUUCAUCAAGAUAUGCUUGUGUGAUUCAAAGCACAUAAUUUUGUAUUCUAAAUUCUCUUCUCUGCAUGUGAUCGAGCACCAACACAUUACAGAAUCUGAUGUUCUUGACAUUUAUAUGAUAAAAAUGUCAGGCAGGUAAUCUUGUGUGAGGUUGCAUGCACCCCUAGAACAGCAACAUGAGAGUGGUGACUGGUUUGUUUACUAGGGUAUAAAAAGUGAAUAUUAAAUAUGAUAUUAGAGUUCCUAAA